GCUUUCCCAGCCCUCCCACUCCGGACUUGCUCUUUACCCAAAUUGUUGGUCAAGUGAGGUUGGUUGCCUCUGGUGUCCCAUCCCAGUCCGUGAAUUCCAGACAGGAACAAGGUGGAGCAUUCCUCUUGGUACAUUGCAGUAUCCUGCAUGAUAAAUACGUGAACUUUAAUGGAGUUAGAGGUUAAAGGAAUUGCUGCUUCUCCAAGUCAAACUCAGCCAUUCUCUGGAAGAAAGAAGCCACUACGACAAGGAUGGACUUCGAGAUCGUGGGCAAUCCAGAAUCCUUGCCUACCUGUGGUCCCACGACUUGAUUUGGCAAGCCUUAUUGACUCUGCUGAUGAGGAUGAUUUUUCAUAUGUUCCACUUAGUACAGCACAUAUUUAUUUUAACCCACCAAAUUCAUCUGCUUUUGGUUGGGUCACACCAUGUCGCAUUCCAUAUACUCAGCGUCUAGGUGAACUGGAGCAGGACGUAAUUCCUGAAAACUUGCCAGCCCCGACAGACAAAUAUAAACUAAAAUAUCAGCAAUACGAAACUGAAAUGAAAAAGGCAUAUAAACAGUAUAGUCAGAGAAAAGCAGAAAAGGCAAAAUCAAAUGUCACACAUCAGCAGUCUCCAAGGAAGAGGAUCAAUGACGAGUGUGUCCAAGGUGAAGAAGUCAUCAUGGGUGACCUCACAACUCUGGAUAGGAAGGCCCUUCUCCAGCAGGGUUAUGCAGACAACAGGUACAGUGCACAACGGAGCACAAGAAAAUCUGAUGCUGAAAUUGUGGCUGCAGAGAAGAAGAAACAGACUGUUGCAGAGCAAGUGAUGAUAGACCACUUAUCCAGGGCUGUGAUCAGUGAUCCGGAGCAAAAUGUAACCAUUGAGAAAGAGGAAAGUGCUUCCGUCCUUCCAGAUGCCAGGAGAGCCCCUCUUCGAUUUAGGAGAAGAGCGUUGCAUGAAACAAAGAUAAGAACCCAUUCUACAUUAACUGAAAAUAUGCUUUCUCAUAAAGUACAAUUUGAUGGUAGGAUCAUAUCAAGAAAUGGACAUGAUGCUUGCAGAGAGCUGAUUGGGUUCUUUUUCACUCAUGACCAGUCUCUUACAGUUUAUGAAUAUCGGCAAUUUGGGAAAAAUAGAACAAAUGUGCUUCCUUUCAUUCAAAAAAAUGUUUAUAGUCAUCAGCGUGGACGAAGAAAAGGAAAACAAUACCAACUUGGUGAUUUUUAUAUUGGUGGAAACUUAACAUUUUUGAGUUCUGAUCAUCCCAGACUUCCAGAGAGCAUAAGAGAAAACACAUUACUUAUACUUCGAAUCACAAAUAUUGAUCAGAUAGCUUUGGAUUCUCUCAAAGCUGAUUCUGUGGAACGUGAGGAUGACAUAACCAGUCAAGAAGCCAGUGAUAAGCUGGUGCUCAAGGCUGUUCAAGAUAUGCUAAAAGAACAGCUACGUAACAGAGGUGUUCGCAUUUUGACUGGAUUGGGAAAAUACCUUCAACAAUUGGACAAGGAAGGAAAUGGACUUUUAGAUAAGGCAGAUUUUAAACAAGCUCUAAAAGUAUUUCACUUAGAAGUAUCUGAAAAUGAUUUUGAGUCUUCAUGGCUAAUUCUGAAUGGCAAUGGCAAUGGCAAGGUUGAUUACGGAGAAUUCAAACGUGCCGUUAUUGGUGAAAUGAAUGAAUACAGGAAAUCAUUUGUUCGGAAGGCCUUUAUGAAACUGGAUUUCAAUAAAACAGGCAGCGUGUCUAUUAUAGACAUAAGAAAAUGUUACUGUGCAAAGGAGCAUCCUCAAGUAAUUUCAGGCCAUUCUACAGAAGAAGAAAUCAAAUCAUCUUUUCUAGAAACCCUGAAAGAUGCCUGCAGCAAAUCUGAUGAAGUGUCGUAUGGUGAAUUUGAGGAUUUCUAUGAAGGUCUAAGUAUAGGGAUAGCCGAUGAUGAAGAUUUUGUCAAUGUCUUACGUAUUCCAUGGGGAAUUUAGUUUUUUAAAGUGAAUAUGCCGUUCGCACUAAGCAUUUUAAGGGAGAGAUGAAUUGAAUGUAAAGUAUGAUCAAACACUGGAAUAUAUUUGUCUAAAGCUCCCUUUAUUCAGAUUUUUUUUUCUCGAAAAGUUGAGUAUGGGAAGAGAAUAUUCAGAAGGACAGAUGUUGGGUGUGUGAAAGUUCCUGCACACGUACAAGUGCUCGCUUGUGUAUAAGUUGUUAAAGCUCUGUCUUUUUGAUUUAUUACUUAUCUUGAAUAUAUUUUAGAGGUCAAUUUUUAAUUAGCUUUCAUAAGAAAGUUACAUCUGUAUCAAACUAUAUGACAGCAUCUAUACAGUAACCACAUUUCUUGUCUACUGUUUUUUUGCUACCCAUUCCCCAAAAUAUAAUUGCCACCAUUCUCAAUUUGAUGAUUGGAAUUGGACCCAAAACCUGUGAGACUAAAAUAGUUCACCUUGUUUCAAACAUAUGAAAAUGUUCAAGGAAUUAAAGUACAUGCAAGAGAAAUUUUCCAUGCAGCGUGAUUAUAGAUGUUUUCUGUAACAAGCAUUUAGAAUGAUGGAGGCUUACCCCUAAAAUGCUUAUUUAAACGCUGAUUUGUCUUGUGAAUUCUUGUCUUCUAAAUUAUGUGCUGCUAUUUGUUCAGUAGAGCACAAGGUAAUUAUUCUAGUGACUAGUUCUGUUUGUUCUUUUAUUCUGUUUUUAACUACAAAUCUUAUUACCUGCACAGAAUUGUUAUUUAGCUAGAAACAAUACAAAAUGGGAGGGGGAAUGUUUUCUUAGAUUAUUAAAUAAGGAUCUAAAAACGUGCAUUAUCCAUUAUCACAUAUAUGGACUAAGGGAUAAUUUAGCAAUUCUUAUCCAAAAUGUAAAGAGAUAUUUUCUGUCCCACAAUUAAUGUAUGUUAUUCUAAGCAUCUCUUUUUGGUAUAUUAAACAACUGAAACAUUUUCUUCUAAAUAGAUAUUAUUUAACGGUUAGAUGUGUUAGAAUCAUUUUGUCUAAAUUAUUCUAUGUUUCUCACUUGUCCUUGGAAAUACAGAGAGAAGAGAGAACUUUAUAGAGUUGUUUCCAAGUUCAUAAUUUUAAAUUUUAUAUGUUAAGAUUACAUAAAUUAGAAAAAAUAGCAUCAAGCAAAAUAAGUGGUUCAAAAAUGAAAAAUCUAUUUUGUAGAAUAUGACUUUUGUCUAUUCCCUUGGCAACAUUAUCAGAAAUGUGAUGUGUGUGAACCCAAUAAAUUCAAAGUAGUACUUUUUCAAGAUCUGAGGAGGUGUUAAAAUUCACUACUAAAAUAUCAGAAAGAAAACAUAUAUAAGUAUAUGUAACAUUUCAGUGCUGUCUUCGCUAGCUAAAUUUAUACCUUGGAAUUUCUUUUUUGUUUAGGUUAUUGUAAUUGAAACAAUAAACUGGAAGACAUUUUGGCAAAAAUAAGUCUAUAACACCAUUUCUGAGUCAUGUUCUCUUUUUUGGAAAAAUUUAUCCCACUGUAAUCAUCUUAAACCCUACAGAGGGUUCUCAUGUUAAAAUGACUACUACUGUGGUUGGGCAGCACGCGUGUAGUAUUUUCCGUUGAUAAAUUUUUCUUUACUUCUCCUUAACAAAUCUGUUCUCAAUAUUGUUGUGUCAUAUUUUCCUGUGAAUAUAAUCAGAAAAUACGUAGGCUGUCAUAUUGUAGAAAAAGGGGAGAUUCUUCUGGGAUCUAACAUUUUAAUAAGACAGCACACUCUGAAACAAACUUCCUUCUUCAUCUAAAUACUCAGUGUGGUCAUUUGUAGAAGUUUUUCCCUUCAGGAGAUGUAGCUUUUUUGUAGUUAAUUUAUUAUUUUACACUAUUAUUUCCAUGUAGAGUUAGAAAAUACAUAUCCAAUACGUUAUUUGCUAUAUUUUGUUAAAUUACAACUGGUGGCACAAUAAAUCAUUUUUAUUUUGCCUCA